AUGUCCUGGUGGAUUACCUUCAGAAUUACCAUCAUUGAUUUAGAAAAGAUUGAUUUAUCUAACUCCGUUGUGGAUCAACAAAAUAAUGUUGACACCAAGACAAUGGAAGGGGUACCAAAGGUAUCAGAUAAGGAAAUAGAUGAUUUUAUUCCUGAAGAAUCAAUGCCCAAGAUGACACCUGUCACUUUAUCUCAGCCUCAUCAAAGAUAUCCUAAAUCAUUAGAAGAAAAGGAGAUUGAUUCUUUCCUAAAUUCGGAAAACAAGAAAAUGUUUACAAUAAAGAUCGGGAAAAAGGAAAAUCUAUGCUGGUAUUGUUUCUAUAAAACAUAUGAGGAUCAGGUUGAAGACUAUAAAGCUAUGAAAAAUGUCGAUGAACAAUCAGCUAGAACAUUGGUGUAUAACGAAAUUAAAUUACUUUUUCCUGACAUUACUGAUGUAAAAUUACACACUAUUUACAGGGAUGGGGAUAGAUAA